AAAUCUGAGCUACAACUAUUUUACAAAUUCUUGCCGGCGUUGAUGAAUUAUUUAUUAAUGCUAAGUUUAAACUAUGAAGUACCACAGUAGUUGGAUUUAGAAAUCAAAGCAGAAAGUACAGGAAGGCACCAUAUCGGCAUCUGGGGAGCUAACUCUCACUGCAGUUGAAAAAGAACAAUGUAUACGUAGUUUGAACUUAUUUGGAUCCUCUGAGCAGACUGAAAAAUGAAACUCUUGGUGUUUGGUGCCACAGGACAAACAGGCCAGUUUCUAGUGAGACAAGCUCUGCAUCAGGACCAUGUGGUGACAGCUGUUGUAAGAACUCCUAGCAAGCUUGCUAUUCAGCAUGAUAACCUGAAGGUUGUAGAAGGAAAUAUCUUCUCACCAGAGAGCCUUGCGAAACACUUUAAUGAACAGGAUGCUGUUCUCUCCUGUCUUGGUUUCCCAAUAAGCGUGUUUUCUCAAAUUACUGGAUAUACGGAAUCAAUGAAGGCAAUUGUUGCUUCAAUGCGCCUGGCAAAAGUGAAUAGAAUUAUAGCAAUGACAUCCUGGUACACGCAAACUGAGAGUUCAGAAAAGGCCUCCUCGAUGGUGCGAUGGAUGCUAAUCCCCAUGAUUCGUACCAUACUGAACAACAUGUAUGAGAUGGAAAAUUAUUUGAACAAGGAGUGUGAGGAUCUUGAUUGGACAACAGUUCGACCACCAGGACUUCAGAAUGCUCCAGAAACAGAUAAAGAAAUAUUAACUCAUGACGGCUACUUUGUUCCGGAUCAGGAUGGAAUUCCCAUUACAAAUUCAGUGACACGAGGAGAUGUAGCUCGCUUUAUGCUUUCGCAGCUUAAUGUGGAUUCAUGGGUGAAGAAGUCUGUGGCCAUGGUAACAAAGUGAAAGAUAAUUCCUACACUUCAACAUUAACGUCUUUUCACUAUUGCUUAAAGUGGUUCUCCUUAAACAUACAAGAGACAAUACGACGUGUUACUUUGCAUGUAGCCAGGAAUUACAUGAUUAACCCAAGAUCUAAGUAGGUAUUUACGUUAAUCUCUAGUUUAUUUAUGUAUAGCUUUGGCUGCAUACAGUUACAGAAUAUUUUUUGGGUUAGCAACGCAAAAUCUAGCAGGUGUUUAUUCAUCACUAUUGGGAUAGUUAGUACUAGUUGGUCUUGCUAUAUUAGUAUAAAACAGCAAGGAAUUUGAAAAGCUAAUGAUAUGACACUACCUGAUUUUACAAACAGUUUUGAGUGAUUUAAUGACAAUAAAUGAAUUAAUUAUCAAACUAGUUGGGGGUGUCAUGGUAGCGUAGUGAUUAGCACAGAGUUUUACAGUACCAGCGGCCCAGGUUCAAUUCCUGCCGCUGCCUGUGACCUCUGGGUCGGUUUCCUCUGGGUGCUCUGGUUUUCUCCCACAGUCCAAAGAUGUACCGGUUAGUAGGUUAAUUGGUCAUUGUAAAUUGUCCCAUGAUUAGGCUAGGGUUAAACGGGGAGAUUGCUGUGUGGCGCGGCUCAAAGGGCCGGAAGUGCCUAUUCCGCGUUAUAUCUUAAUAAAUGAAUAAAUAAAAUAAUUGCAUGAAGGGAUUCAGAUGUAUUCAGAGAACAAUUGGUCAAGUAAAGAAAUAAUAAGUAAUGCAGAUGUACUUCAUCUGAACCUAUAUAUAAUCUGUAUCAACCUCGAUGUGUUGUAGAUUUGCCAUUGAUUCUGUCAAUGCAUUACUUAAUCAAUAUUAACAAAUUAAUCACUGACAAUUUAAAAUAGAAGAUAAUAGUGAUGUACAAUAGAUUCCUAAUGUAUAGUAACUUUCAAAGUUGAAGUGUUUUAUACAUUCAGGCUGGGGAUUGAAAAUCUGUACAUACUGAGUUUCUUUUUAAAUCCAAUGAAUACUUUCAUUGCACACAUCUAUUAUAUAGUUAAAAAUGUGAGUUAGUAAUGUUUUAAAGAUGUUCAUAAUUGGUUUUUAAGAUCUGAAUACUAAUUUAGGUUAAACUGAAACAAGGUAUGCAUCUUAAAAUCAGGUUGUAUUUUAUUUGGCAAAUUUAGCAUUGUCCCAAAGUUGAAACCGCUCAUCAUGGAUGUUAAAUUUGGAGUGCAAAAUGGUUGUGAAUUAUAAAUUGACUAUUAUCUCCAGGCAUACCACUUGGCUUUUAUCCAAAGUCAAGUUGAAACAAAAUUCGGACAACAGCAUCAGUACUAAAUCAUAACAUAACGUAAGGGCAUGUUACCUUGCACUAAAUAUUGUUGCAGUACUUUAAUAACUGUAUAAAUGUUAAAAAGAUUAUGCAUUGUUACAUUAAACUGCUGUUUUGCUAAAUGCAGUGUUAAAGAAAAAUCUGGAAUUUUUACAGUGAAUAUGAUUUUAAUAAAGAUAUUAUUUGCAAUA